AUGGUCGCUGCCAUGGUCGCGUUGCGAGAGGUUGUCGCCGGAAGGUUAUCUCGGUAGUUUUAGCCCUGCGUGAUGGCUAAGUGAAACCCGAUCCUGUCUGACAUGUCGCUUUCAACAGGCUUGUAGGGAACGAAAAUGCGUUUGUUGAAAUUGCCUCUUCAGAGCUCUGCAUGCGCCUGUCGCUGCAUGACUCGAAGAGCGACCGGCGGCACAUCAAGGCCCAUUCACCUGCGCGCGACAACUGAAACUGCAUGUGGCAGCCUGUGGUCUCUAUCUAGACGAUUUCAGUACAUGCGCUUGCUGAGAGACGCUCGUCAGAAAAGCACUAAGGGCAGUGUAUCGUCGCUAUUCAUGCCAGUUCCAGUAAAGGUGUCUAACAACCCCGAUGAUAUCAAUGUAGGCGAAGAGCUAACUACCAAACUAAAAAAGGAGGAUCUUCUCAAGCUGCUAAACCAAUUUAGUAAACGCCCGGAGGUUAUCAAAUGGAGCGAAGAGAAUGGUCUGGAUGCUCGCUUAUUUCACCAAGCCUUCGUAAGUUUUCGACGGUAUUGCAUGGAGUCCGAACAGCUUCCUGCUGAUUUGCAUAUAAUUUUCAGCGACCUUCUUCAAGGGGGCAGGCAUCUGGACGACCUUGUUCCCUAUUUUCUUCAACAUGCAAGACAAAUCUUCCCUCACUUGGAAUGUAUGGAGGAGCUCCAGAAGAUCAGUGACUUGAGGCAUCCUGGAAACUGGUAUCCUGAGGCACGUGCUAUCCAGCGAAAAGUGAUCUUUCAUGCUGGACCUACCAACAGUGGCAAGACACAUGCUGCACUUGGUAGUUUUCACAAUGCAAGCACUGGCCUAUACUGUGGACCAUUAAAGAUGCUGGCAGUGGAGGUUUUCCAGAAGACUAAUGAAAAGGGCACACCGUGUGAUCUAGUGACAGGAGAGGAACGGAGGUGCGUGUUGCCCGAUGGCCAACCAGCCCCACAUGUGGCAUGUACAGUUGAAAUGGCUGCUGUUCAUACCCCAUAUGACGUGGCUGUGAUCGAUGAAAUCCAGAUGAUGCGUGACCCUCAGCGAGGAUGGGCCUGGACUCGUGCUCUUCUGGGGCUGGCAGCCAAGGAGCUUCACCUUUGUGGUGAAGCAGCUGCUAUAGGGCUUGUGCGCAACCUGCUGGCCUCGCUCGGAGAAGAGUUGGAGGUUCGGAAGUACAAGCGCUUGACACAGCUAACAAUUGAAAACAGAGCUCUUGAGAGCUUGGAAAAGAUACAGCCAGGUGACUGUGUUGUGUGCUUUAACAAGAGCGACAUCUACCAAGUGAGCCUACAAAUUGAACGGCAAGGCCUAGAAUGUGCUGUCAUUUACGGUGGACUGCCACCUGGCACCAAGCUGGCCCAAGCACAAAAGUUCAAUGACCCUUCUCAUCCAUGCAAAGUGCUUGUGGCCACUGAUGCUAUUGGUAUGGGCCUCAACCUCAGCAUUGGCCGUGUCAUCUUCUACUCUCUCGUUAAGCCCUCGCUAAAUGAGCGGGGUGAACGACAGAUGGACACUAUCUCUACAUCGCAGGCUCUCCAGAUUGCAGGCCGAGCAGGUCGUUUUGGGAGCCGGUACGAGGUUGGUCGUGCAACAACGAUGAAGCCACAAGAUCUACCUGCACUGAAGCAGAUCCUUGCGGCUUCUGUAGAGCAGAUUGAAGCAGCAGGCCUGCACCCAACCGCAGAACAAAUUGAGCUCUUUGCUUACCAUUUGCCCCAUGCAACUCUGGCCAAUCUUGUGGAUAUUUUUGUAAGCCUUUGCAAAGUUGAUUCGUCAUCCUACUUCAUGUGCAACUUGGAGGGCUUCAAAUUUCUGGCUGACAUGAUCCAGCAUGUCCCACUGCCAUUGCGGGCACGAUAUGUAUUCUGCUGCUCACCCAUCAAUCAGAAAAUGCCAUUUGUGUGCAGCAUGUUCCUCAAGUUUGCACGGCAGUACAGCCGCAAUGAACAGCUAACAUGUCAAUGGUUGGGACGCAACAUUAAUUGGCCCUUGGCUAUCCCUAAGUCCAUCAUGGACUUGGUUCACCUGGAAGCUGUUUUUGAUGUGUUGGACCUUUAUCUCUGGCUCAGCUACCGCUUCCCAGACCUCUUUCCAGAUGCUGAGGCUGUACGUGCCAUGCAGCAAGAGUUAGACUCGAUUAUUCAAAAGGGUGUGCUCAAUAUCACACAACUGCUGCGUGCUGGCAUGGAAAGUGCUACUGAGGAAACUGAUCAUGAUGAGGGGCCCCUUUCAGCCCGUGCACCCAAACUACAGGGGAAGCUUGCUGACCGUCUGCUCGCUCAAGGCUUACUCACUAAAGAGCAACUUUUAGAACUCCAGCGGGAGUGGCAACAUGGCAGCUCGAGGGAUCGCCGGAACAAGAAGCCAAAAUAGCAUGACGUAGACAAAUGUAGUUUAUAUAAUGCCCCGAGUUUACAGCAGAUGUCUGUAUUCAACAUGAAACAAUGUCUGUGGG